AUGUCUGCUUCGUUGUAUCAGUUGAAUUCUGUUGAUGAAUUUUUAUUUGGUUGCAUUGUUCGGAUGGCUGAGAGAAAAAAAGGUGAUGCAGUUGUACCCUCAACUGAGGUGCGUUAUGGAGGUGUGAGGAAGAGGGCCGGGGGGAAGUACGGAGCUGAAAUUACAAACCCCUUCAAGAAGGUACACCGGAACAAACUGCUAGGGCUUAUGAUAGAUAGGGUGGCGAGGAAGUAUCGCCGCCCUAAACCCAUAAUAACUAAUUUUCCAUUGACAAAUGAUUUUAUCGAGGAUCAACCACCAAUCACCAAUGCGGAGGAUCUCAAUCUUGACCUCACCCAGCUUAUGUCAACAUUUGUUAUCAACGGCGGUGACGAUAGUUGUACCCCAAAUGAGGUACGUUACAGAGGUGUAAGUAAGAGGCGAUUUGGGAGGUACUCAGCUAAGAUUACAAAUAUCCAACAGGAACAUAUCUGGCUUGGGACUUUUUAUACGGCGGAAGAUGCUGCUAGGGCUUAUGAUAGAGCACCGAGGAUGUAUCGUUGCCCUAGAGCCAUAACUAAUUUCCCGCUGACAAAUGAGGGUAACCUCGAAAAUGCUAAUGAUUUUAUCGGCGGCGGAGCUGGGGUCCAGGAUCAGCCACCAACCAACAAUGCGGAGGAUCUCCAUCUUGAGCUCACCCUUGCCCCGCCAGGGAGCAUGUGA